AUUAUAAAUACGCUUAUUUUGCUAUAAGAGUUGUGUUUCAGAAAUGAAUCCUAAACUGAAUCGGCAUAUUACAUUUAAGGCAUCGCCACAGUCACAACUCAGUAUCAGUUCAUAUUUUCAGGCCGAGUAUUUUUCUCUUGAAAAUUGCACUGAAGCCUUAACAGCUGGUCAAAUUAUCAUCAACGUAAGAAGCAUAUGAUGAUUUAUAGUACAUAUGCCGCUUGUAAAAUAUUUGAGUCUCGUUUAGACCGAAAAUUUACCCCAAAAUAUUGAAAUUUUGUGUGCAGUAGAACUCCAAUAUAAAAAAUAUUACACAAGACAAAAUUUAGUUAAUUUCAUAGUACAAUAAGUAUACUGCAAACUCUUAUGGAUUUUUGUCGAAAUUGUUCCUGGUUAUUGCAUUAGACACAAAAAGACAACCCCAUGUAAAUUUAAUUUAAAAUGUUGUUUGUACAUGCAUUACUGACCACAGGUAGCCAGGUAAACCUAUACAUAAUCCUAUAAUAUCACCUGUUUAUAUACAUGUAAAUUAUGUGUGAACAGAUAACACAAAUUGGAUAAAUUGAUGGUGUUGGGAUUUUUGUGUAUAAUUCAGUAAUCAGAAUACAAGUUUCUCCUCCGUGAUAUGGUUUGAAAUCCAAGAAAAGGGCGGAAAAGUAAAAAAAAGACGGAAAAGGUUCUUUUCUUUUCUACCACAGACUAGCUUUUGGGGAAAAACUCUCAAAAGGAUGGAAGGAACUUUCUUUAGGAUUGUUUUGUGUUAUAUCGCAUUUUCUCAGAUGUAUUUAGCUGCGUUUUGCACUUCAGAAAGUUUAAUGUUUAGUCGUAAUCAGGAACUUGACGAUAAAACAUGUCCAACUGAGGACAUCAUUUUCACGGAGACGGCACCAAGCAAGAUCGUUUGCGCCUACAAAUGUUUCGAAAAUUCUGGCUGCAGAGGCUUCUCUUACAACACCACUGAUUUAAUGUGCACGGGUUGUGACAAAUUUUACGAAACAGAAACAGAUCUUGUUGACAAACUAGGCAGCGUCUUUUUUGUCUCAAUCAUCACGUGUGGAAUGUUGAGUAAUCCAGCAAAUAGUAAUGUUUCCCAGACAGGAACCACGUACCUUGAAACAGCGACAUACGUUUGUAAUACCGGCUAUGAGCAGACUGGAGGAAGUUCAAUACGCACAUGUCAGGCAGAUGGUACAUGGAGUGGUAGUGAACUUGUCUGCACUAUUGAAGAUUGUGGUCCGCUAUCAUCUCCAGCCGGAGGGACAGUACAUUAUACGGCUUCUACCUAUCUACAGACUGCUACAUACUCGUGUAGUACAGAGUACCGGCAAAUUGGAGGUGAUGUAUCCCGUACCUGUCAUGCAGGAGGAGUGUGGAAUGGAACUGAAAUUAUUUGCCAGAUUUACACAUGUGCGACGCUAACUGACCCAAGUGAUGGAACUGUGACAGCAACUGGUAACAGCUUUGGAAACACCGCUACUUUCAGUUGUGAUCCAGGAUAUGAUUUGAUAGGAAGCAGCUUAUUGACAUGUGGAACGGGAAGCUGGGACGAUGGUGCACCAACCUGUACUAAAAAGGUUGAUUGUGGUGAACCAUCUGUCUCGGACAGUCACGUGGUUCUCGGAACAGUUGGUGGUAAUACACAAUCCGGAGCUGAAGUGUCCUUCAGUUGUACUCCGUGCACGUUUUUUCCUGACAUGGAACCAGCUGUGAUCACGUGUCAGGCUAAUGCCACGUGGAGUAUACCAGUGUGCGUUUAUGGUCCAGAUGUUGGAAGACUUCCGAAUGGUCAGCUGAUCCCUGCUGGAGCUAUAGGCUGUGCUGCGAUGUUCAAUAACACAUGUCCAAGUGAUUCAAUAUCUGAGUCUGCGCUGUUGCUGGAUGCGUCGACCGGAAGUUGUUACUGUGACAUCUCGUGUUGCUAUUUUGAAAACUGCUGCUUCGAUUCCACGUGCGAUGACGAUUAUGAUUAUUGGGACUAUUGGAACUAUUAUUACCGUUAUUACGGGUAAAACAUUCAAACAAUUUUAACAAAUAUAAAAAUCGGUCAGUAAACAAAAACAGAUAUUACCAUCUGAAUGUUAUGCAUGUUGGUAAUACAGUGGCAGCCAUCAGGGUAUAAUGACAUCAUCGUACAUUCCUUAUAUGGGCAGUCCCAUAAACGGUAAAUCAAUGAAUAAUAAGUUCGCGAAAAUAAAACAUAACUACUUUUGAAACCUUUUUUAAUUCACAUAAAAGAAUUAUGAAGCUCUGGCUGAUUUUUUUUUUUAAAUAUUAUUCAUGAUUUAGAAAAAAGCACAGUUGACGUAAUGGGCAAUUUUGUUUCCGCAGAAAGUUUUCGAUUUCUGUUUAAACGUUCUUCUUAUUGAACAUUCGCUUAUAUCAAAAUAGCCGUAGAAUAUAUUAAUAUGUGUUGUGAUUGCAGUUGAUAUGCUGUAUUAUUGUUUUAUACUUUGUUAUGAUAUAUAUGAUUUACUAAGCUAUAAUAUGAUAUACAUGUAUAUGAUACGCUAUAAUACGGCGAUACUGGCAUACAAGAAGAAGUACUGGCUCUCGUGCAUUUACGGUCUGGUAUGACAAUUUCGUCUGAAGACUCACCAGCCGCCCUGGGCCCAGUUGUUCGAUAUUUUAACAGUUGAUUAAGCUAACGGUUGGUUAACUAUUAAGGUCAUCUUUCGAUAUUUUAGGAGACGUAGUAAAACAAAUUAAUGAAUUAAAGAUUAUUAACACUAAAAUUUCUAUACCAGUGCUUACCAUCAAGACUAAAGUUUCGAAACAAUAUUGCCUUGUGUUGUGAUUAUGCUACUGACCUUAAAUAAAUAAAUAAAUAAAUAAAUAAACCAGCGGUUAGUUUAACCGCCGUUAAAGUUUCAAACAAAUGGGCCCAGAUUUAUAACCUUUUUAUAACAUAUGUACCACACAACUCCUAUAGUGAAAAUUAGCGUUAUUGAAUGUUCAUGUAAUGCGCGGGAACGUCAAUGUUGUCUGAUGACGCUGACGUCAUUUCCCAAGUUGCCAGGUGGUCCAGUGGUAACACGCCUGACUGUCACUCCAAAGGUCCAGAGAUCGAAUCCCGGCCCAACAUUGGAAAUUUCUGAGAUGAUCUCGAGUGUCUUCCACUUAGAGGUUACUACUGGUACGGGUUCGCGUGUAUCCAUGCUAUAUACCAUGCAAUAUAAAUAACCAGACUAUCUAUUUGCCACCAUCUAGGCCAAGUUAGCUGGACAUGCUUGUAUUUUAAAGAUUUCUCUGUCUGUGUUCUGGAGGCUUUCUCUUGCUCUGUCCCUCUGUUCAGAUCGCUCUGUGUCUGUACUAGCAGAGGACCUGACUGACUGCCUUAUCAUAAAAAUGGCGUAUAUAAAUCUGCUGUAAUCUUGUGUUCCAAACGUUUGUUAUGUAUGCAUUCUAGGGCCGUUUUGUUCAUUUACUAAUAAUAUCUGUCAUGUGUUUACGAAUCGGAUAGAAAUAUCCGUCCCGAGGGCGCGGUAACUCGGCAAGCCUUGUUACCGCCUAAUGCGGGACGGAUAUUUCUAUCCGAUUCGUAAACACAUGACGGAUACUUUUUUUGCAUAUCGUAUACAUAUAAGCUUUUUAUUCUGACAGAUUAUUUUUCUUGCUUACCGUAUUUUACAAAUAAUAGAAUAAAUACAACAAAUAGAAAUACUUUUUGUAGCACUCUUUCUUUUAGUAGAGUAUGUACACAAAGCUUGACCAGUUUUGUCUAUCCCUCGGAUGGCAUUUCUUCACAGGUUUGACUUCUUCUAGUCAUUGUGUUGUUAACAAAAUCAAAGCUGGUUUGUGAUUUGUUUAAACAUUGAUUUUUUUGUAAAAGUAUUGAUAUAUAAUCUUAAUUGUUAACUUUUAUAGGUGAAGAACUGUAUGACGGUAUUUAAUUUAUACUUGAUGUUCGUUCUCUUAUAAUAGUUAGAAAUAAAAACAUUAUAUAUCUAUAAAUAA